UGUAGCUGUCAUUGACGAAAUUUCCUGGUGUGAAGUGAGCCUCGCUGGAUAUCAACAAUAGAUUGAAACGAACCCCCAAAUGAUGGUUUGCCGUUUGCGUGAGAUUCUAAUCCGCAGUAACGCUGGAAAUAACAUCUGUUAGCUCGGGGAAUCGCAUUGGGUUGCCACUCGCCAUGUUAAGAUAAAGACACAGAUCUCUGUGUUGAACAUGCUAAAGCGAUUGGAUAAGAUCAGGUUCAGAGGAUCGAAGCGAGAUGAGUUCCUGGACCUUGCCGAGUCCCCCACUGCAUCUGACAGCGAGUGUAAUGAUGACAUCCCAGUAAAACACCGGAGCUCCAUCAAAGAAACGGAAGAGCAGCGAGACCCUGCAGGUUCAGGGACGCUCACCAUGUCUGCUGCUCCCAUCCAGGACUACAAGAUGAGCGAUACCGACCGACUCAAUGAGGUUAAAGGUCACCUGGAGGUAGCCUUACUGGAAAAGCACUUUCUUCAGGAGGAGUUAAAGAAGCUCAGAGAGGAGACAAAUGUUGAGAGCCUAAAGCAGGAACUUGAGAAAGAGAAAUCCAAAAGAGUCGAUCUCGAACAGAAAAUGAAUGAAAUUCUCCGAUCCAGACUAGAAGAUUCACCACCUCCACCUCCAAAACCACAAGUCACUUCUGUCAAUGGAACAGGGGACAAACAAAAGGAGACCUUAAGCUCUCAGCUGUGGAAAUGGCUCUAUGAGCGCUUUGGUGUUUAUAUCGAAGAUUUCCGCUUUCAGCCCGAGGAGAAUACAGUCGAGACUGAGGAACCACUAAGUGCUAAAAGAUUAACUGAAAAUAUGAGACGACUCAAACGGGGUGCUAAGCCUGUUACUAACUUCAUGAGGAACCUUUCUGCCUUAUCUAGCUGGCACUCUGUCUACACGUCAGCCAUCGCCUUUAUUAUCUAUAUGAAUGCUGCCUGGCAUGGCUGGGUUAUCCCCAUGUUUCUAUUUUUAGCCAUUCUACGGUUGUCCUUGAAUUACUUCAUAGCAAAAGGUUGGAGGAUACAGUGGAGCAUUGUGCCUGAAGUCUCCGAACCAGUGGAACCUCCAAAGGAAGAUCUCACGGUUUCAGAGAAGUUUCAGUUAGUGUUGGAUGUUGCACAGAAAGCUCAGAAUCUAUUUGGAAAGAUGGCAGACGUAUUGGAAAAGAUUAAAAACCUGUUCAUGUGGGUGCAGCCUGAAAUCACACACAAGCUGUACCUUGGUUUGUGGAUGGCCUUCAUCACCUCUUGUUUGCUGCCAUAUAAACUCUUGGGCUUCAUGAUUGGUAUCUAUGCUGGCAUCAAAUUUUUCAUCAUUGACUUCAUCUUCAAAAGCUGCUCUAAACUGAGGGAAAAAUACGACACACCCUACAUUGUGUGGACCAAUUUACCCACAGACCCACAACUCAAAGAGCGUAACAAUGCCACUUUGAACAGACGGCUGUCUGGGUUUGAAAAGCAGAUCCAGCCGGUGGUGGCGCGGGGUAAUCAGUCGGCAGGGAUGUCGUGUGGGAUUGGCCGUGAGGAGGAAAGCAGUCGGGCCUACAAUACCAAAAGAGGUCCUUUUCAUGAAGUCUUCAACUUGUCAGAGAAUGAGCGCCCCCUGCCAGUGUGUGAGAAUGGAUGGCGAUGUUGCUUGAUCAACAGGGAUAGAAAAAUGCCCACCGACUACAUCCGCAAUGGUGUCCUCUACGUCACAGAAAAUUACCUGUGUUUCGAGAGCUCCAGCUCCCGGGCGACAUCCUCAAAGAAAAAUAAAGUCAUCAAGCUCCAAAACAUCAUUGAUAUUCAGAAGUAUAAAGUGUUGUCAGUAUUGCCUGGUUCUGGCAUGGGGAUCUCAAUUACAACACCAUCCACUUUAAAGCCUCUAGUGUUUGGUGCCAUGAUUCAUCGGGACGAGGCCUUUGAUGCCAUUCACACUCAGUACAUGAAGACCAUGAAUUCCACAGCAGCUACGACAGUCACAAACCCAGAGACAUAGUCUCAUCCGGAUCAACAUAUAACAUAAGGUAGUCCAUAAGGCAGCCCUAACCUUAAUGUACCACUCUCCUAUACCCCUAUAUGGAGACGAUGGCUUCCAGAAGUUUCUCCAACCCAAAACGAUGGAGAAACUGCAAAGAAACUGUUUUUCAUAUUCUCUUUUAGAUUCUACGUGAGUUAUUAGGAGGAGUAUUUUAUAUAAUGUUCUCACAAACAGCAUACCAUAAUCUUACACAAGUGCUUGUCUGGAUAGGUCUUGUUUUAUAAGGUUAUGGGUUUGUUGUGCUUCUUACUUGUGUCAGAACAGGAGCUGGUACUCCUUUGUGUGAUCCGUGUGUAGUCAGAC